AAAAAUUCCUUAGAUCUAACCCUUCUUUACCUUUUCUUCUUUUUAACCAAGCUCUAUUUCUCUUUGCCUCCUCUUUCCUUUCCUCCAUCUAUGCAUACAUUUUCUGCAAUUUUUUCUCCACUAUUUCAGUAAUUAACCUGAACUUAUAAACUUCAAAUGCUGAAUCCUCCUCAGGUUCAUUCUAAUACUACAAAAUGUGCGAGGGAGCGGUCCCAAGACUGGGGACCACCAUCCACAUCUCAGCCCUAGACGGGAUCAUCAAUGUCAACUCCCUUUUCACCCUAGCCGUGUUCAUAGGGCUAGCUUGGAACCCGCACGAUCAAGGCAAUAGUCUCUCCCAAGACCCUAGUUGUUUGGCGGGCUCCAAGGUCGCUGAGGACCUUGUAGCCUUCCACGUCUACUCGUUUAGUUGUUUCCUAUUUUCUAGCCUCAUUGCUUUAUGCCUUAAGCAAGCUAUUCGACUGGCUAAGUCAGCUCACUUUCCAACUGUAUUGACUCUUGAUUUGGCCGUCAUCAACAAAAAUGCCCUCCGGUUCGGGUACUUGGUCUCGGCUGCAGGGUCGGUUCUCGGGUCGGUGUUUUUGAUGCUUGCAUUGAUCAAUGUGGUUCAAAUCAAGCUUGGAGUUUUGGGUUGUGGGAGUAUGUAUACUUAUGGAGCUGUUGUUCCACUUGUGAUUUUUGUUCCGUUAGGGCUACUUACUUAUGUUUGUAUUGUUUUUUAUGCUUUCACUCGUUAAUUUCAUCAAUGUAUACUUUUUGAUAAUUUAACACAUUAAUGGAACAUUAGCUUUAGUAA